CAGGUUCCAUUGGUCAUUGUACAAAGUCUGGAUGGAUGAAUGAAGACGCCUUCCUCAUCUUCCUGAAGCACUUCAUCCGCCACACCAACUGCUCCACCGAUCACCCAGUCCUGCUCAUUGACAACCAUGAGUCUCACAUCUCACUCAAGUCAGUGACAAUUGCUAAAGAGAAUGGGGUCAUUAUGCUCACCCUGCCACCUCACACCGUUUGCAACCAUUAGACAAAACUGUCUAUGGACCACUCAAAACCUACUAUAACCGAGCGAUGGAUGGGUGGAUGCGAUCACAUCCUGGGCGAACCGUAUCGAUCUAUGAGGUCUCGGAACUUGUGAAGCAAGCGUUCCUCUCUGCAAUGUCACCAACAAACAUAACCUCAGGUUUCAGAGCAACAGGCAUAUACCCUUUCAACAGGGACAUCUUCCCGGAAGAAGACUAUGCACCAUCAAUGGUGACAGACAGGGCAAAUCCAGAAGAUGAACCCAGUGCCACUGCUGACCUGCCUGGAGAAGAGCCCUCCACCAGUGCAGCUGGUCACCUGCCUGGACCAUCUCAUGAGCCAACACAUGUCACAGCAGAUCCAGACCCAGGAGAGCCACCUGCCACUCUGACAAAUCCCGAGCACUUAUCAAGUGACAAAUCUGGUUCUUCUGCUCACUUGGGUUAUGUGUCUCCAGAAGUCAUUCUUCCCUUGCCAAAAGCCACAGAAAGAAAAGAAAAAAAUUGUAAGAAAGAAAGUGAAAACAAGAAUCGUGACCGACACACCUGAGAAGAUGGAGUUGGAGAAGGCUCACAAAGAAAAAGAAGAUAAAAAGGCUGAACAGGAAAAGAAAAAGAAUGAAAGAGAGAAGAAAAGGGCUCUGAAAGCUGCAAAUCAAACCAAAACCAAGAAGAAAACAGCUGUGUACAGUAGCUCAGAAGAAAGCUCCACCACCAAUGAUGAGGCAGAAGAUGGCCUGGAGAAGACACACAGCAGAGAAAAGGAACGGGCUCUGAAAGGGUCAAAACCAACCAAGCCCAAAAAGAAAGUGCUCUCCAGUAGCUCAGAAGAGAGUGACUUUCCGAUUCCACUUAGCGAUGCCACUCAUUAUGAGAGUUCAGAUGUCCAGAGUGAUGAUGAUGAUGGUGACAAGGAUCUGUCUGCUGGUGACUUUGUCAUUGUGAAGUUUGCAGGUAAAAAAUCCAAAUCCUAUAACUAUGUUGGAUUGGUGGAGAAUGUUGAAGGUGACGAGAUCAGUGCAAAGUUUCUGAAGCAAAGUUGUAAGAGGUUUGUUGAUGGAAAGCCCAUCUUCACAUUUACAGCCCGUCCACACAGCGGCGUGCGUUGAAGCUUCCAACGCUUCUGCCCAUUCACUUUGAAUGGGGUGACGUCACUUUUAGCCGA